UUUUUGAAGUACAAUACAAUAUUGACGUCUCUACAUUUGAUCAUGUGAGAUGAUUCAUAUUAAUUGCAUUUUUGCAGUAAAUAGAAAUGAUUGAAAUGAUUGCAGAGAUCCGGCGAGAAGCUUGGGUAUGGCUACCGAUAAUACAAACAAUGGCGACCUUUGUGCUUGUUGUAUUCAAUGUGUUUUUAAUAAGAUAUCACAUCUACACAACACCAAGUUACCCAAUAUUGUCACCACACAGGGCAGAAGUAAUCCUAGAAGAUCAACAGUGGCAGUGGAAAAAAGGGGAAGAAGAAACGACAUCAACAUCGACACCAUCCCCAAAACCCGAAGCACCACGCCUACACUUUCUACCAGCUAAUGAAGAUAUUUGCACGACUAUUGAACCUUUGAUUUGUUCAGUUAAAAACUUGCGACUCGUCGUUCUGAUUCCAUCACCUCCAUCUCGGGAAGGUGCUCGUCUGGCUAUACGAAAUACGUGGGGCCAUUUCGCAGCCCAACGUGACGUCGUAUUGUAUUGUUGUUUAAUUGGCAAAGUGGCGAAUAAACAGUUACAACAACAAAUUGAAAACGAGCGCAAAACCUAUAAUGAUAUCUUACAAUUAAAAUUCUUAGAUUCACAGGCAAAUUCUAUACUUAAAACCAUAGCGCUCUUAAAAUGGGUAGGAGAUUAUUGCUCCCAAGCUGAUUAUCUGCUUAAAACUGAAGACAAUGUUUUUAUAAAUAUGCCCCGAUUAUUCACCUACAUGUCGUCACGUGAUCCAACAAAAAAUGCCAUUUACGGAAGGGUACACAAAAAUUGGAAAACUGUUCGUAAUGUGAAAUCCUACUAUUACCUCCCAAAAUCCGAAUACAAGCCAGCUAUGCUUCCGAGAUUUAUCUUCGGAGGAACCUAUUUGAUGCCAGCCCGAUUGGCCAAGUAUAUAUACUAUUACUCUCUGAAUCGUAGAUUAAUCAGACUAGCUGACUUGUUUGUAACAGGUGUAAUGGCCGAGCAUUUAAAAAUUGAGCGUCUCAACAAUCGUCUUUUUCACUUUCCUCCCAAGGGCAUAACUUCGUGCACUAUCCAGAAUUCUAUUAGUAUUCGCCAGGUUACGGAAGAAAAACAAUUUCUUUUUUGGAAGGAGAGCUUUUAUGGUAACAAAAGCUGUAAAAAAUUAUAAAGAAGUUCUUCUUUGUGCUUUUUCAGUUUGUAUUCCAUUCAUUGUAUAACGGUUAUAGUAGGUAUAGGUUCAAGUCCAUUUCUGUAUUAUGAAAUAAAUAAACUAAAGUAAUAAUAA